GAAGGAUCUAAUAUCUGCAACCAACAUAUUUCGUAAAAAUAUUAUUUAAGGCAGCCUUCAACAUGAAUUCCAACAUUCCAAAACUGUUUGCAACAUCAAGCAAAAUUCAAAUUAAGCAACAUGUGCCCAUUGGCUCAAUUAGGAAGGGUCCUCACGCUAUAGAACGCAGUUUAGUUCCAGACGAAGUUGUUAUUAAGCGUAGAUUCGGUAAUUCUAAUUACUUACUAAGUAUAGUGAUAUUUAAAAAUGCUAUGAGAUCUUGACGCGAACUUAAAUGAGACAAGGUGUUAGCUUGCACAAAUGACGCACCAAUCAACUUACCAGGAUAAUUUGGGGCAAUAUGGAAAAUUUUCUUGUCGAAGAACUACAAUCAACAUGCAACUGGUAUAAUAAACCUUUAGAAACAGCCUUAUACUACAAUCAACAAACCAUAAAUACUCCCUGCAACAAUUGCAAAGCAACACAAACAACAAUCAACAUUCCAUGAACUCAGACAAUUUGGAAAUUGAUAUCUUCUGGCAUAUGCGGAUUACAACAAUCAACUCAAACCUAUUAGACGAUGUAAAUAAAAAUAAGACUUCAUAUUCAAUAACUUAAUACGUGAUAGAAAUUUAAAGUUAAUUACUUUUUAAUCGAAAUUUGAACGUCUCGUUUGAAUUCACUUUAACGUUUGAAAGAUGAUCUUUAAAUAGUGACUGGAGACUUAAAUUUUAAUCUUUUUAACAAAACUUUACAAAGUUCUUUCUUAUUCUAAUCUUAAUAUAUAAUCUUGUUUUAAAAUUUGAAUUAAAAAUAUUUCGUUGAGUAACAAUUAAAUGAUUUGAAUCGUAAAAAAUACCAUUAUAAUUAUUCAACAAAAAGCUGAAAGCUGCGAUGAAAAAUUGUGAAGGUUCAAAGCCUUUGUUUCAAAGAGAUGAUAUCGUGGUGAAUCCGGAUAGUGCUAUAAAUAUCGCAGAAGAUAAAAGCGGAAAGCAAAUUCAAACUGAAAGUAGAAACAGCACAGAGGAUAUUUCAAAACGAUGGCGAAAAGAGCGCCACAUUUCGACUGAUUCCAGUAGUCCAGAGCGUUAUCGAAAAUAUCAAAACAACCAAAAGAAAGAAAGUGAAAUCGAACCUAGCGAUAAAACCAUUCGACGUACGAAAACGACGAAACCUAUUAGUGAUGACAAAUAUGCAGCUCGGCGUAACGCAUCACCAUCACCAAAUCAUCGUCGAAAAACCCCUGAAAAAAUUCCAUAUUUUGUAGACCAAGUAAGGGAGCGAGACAGAAUUCGUCGUAAAUAUGGAUCGACAAGAAAUAAAUCGCCUCCAGCAUCAUCCAAAUUUCGACGCAGGCGUAGUAUUUCAAGGUCACGCUCAAGAUCUCACUCUCGAGAUUCAUUGAAAACUAAACAACGUUCACCAGCUCGUCGCACUAAUUAUCGUCGCCGGUCAAUUUCAGUGGAUCGUGAAUGGGGUGGCAAUAGUAAACGCGAACGGGAAAGAGAAAAAUCACGCGCAGAUAAGGAUUUGCAUGGGUCACCGAGGCACUAUCAACAUAGAUCAGAUGAUCGUACCAAAAAUGUGCGCAGAUCCCGAAGUUCUCGUACACAUUCAAGAUCACGCACUCGUUCACGUGAACGUUCGUCGCGCAUAGGUACGCAAAAUAGCGAACGCCACAAAUAUCGUUAUAAUGAGAAUGAAGAACAGAAUGGGAAUGGCGAAAGAAAUCUGUCACAACCGCAAAUCAUAACCAUACCCGUGCCGGUUCCAGCGGAUUUUAUAAAUUAUGGUUAUCCAACCUGGCCAACUCCAACGCAGUGGGCACCACAGUCAUCACGCUAUGGUACUCCCACUUAUCCUAUGCCUGCCUUCGUGCCUGCUGUUUUACCACCAUUGCGGCACCCAAUGCCACCUUAUGGAUUACCUCCACAACAAAUACGUUACGGCGGACCUGGAUAUAGAUUACCUGCACAAUAUGGUGCAACACGCCCUUGGCGACCCAAUUUUCGAUCAAAAAAUACAUAAAUUAUGGGUAAUACACGUAGAUUAAAUUUGGAUACUAUAUAGAUAUAUCAAGCGUAAGAAUUAUGUGAUUUUACUCUUUGUAUUUAUUGUACCACAUUUGGUAGUUGCAGUUAAAAUUUAAUAACUUCUGGUGUGUAAUUGCAUACAAAUAGAAUUAAAUUUCUCAAUUUGUAUUUUUCGAUCGAAAGUGAAACUCAUUA